UAUGCGACAAGCACUUUGUUUUCCACAAAGUGAUACUAAAUGUCGACUUAUCCUUUACUAGAGUAUGUAUCAUUGUUUUGUGUACACCUCAUAUUGCCUUUCUUCACUCUUCCUACUCAAUUGAACACUUGAAUCAUAACACUCAACCAGUCUCUCUUUCUCUCUCCUCUCUUUCUCUCUCCAUAUAACACUAUAUAUAUAGAUGAAUAACCCAAGCCAAAUUAGUGCCAAAACUGAAGAAAGAAAAAUAUAAUAUUAAGGAAAUAUCUCUCUUGCUUAUUGUUGAGAAGUAAAAUUAUGGGAGAUGAUAUCGGAAGUCAUGAAAAUCUACCUCCUGGAUUUAGAUUCUGCCCAACAGAUGAAGAACUAGUCCUUCACUUUCUAUAUCAUAAAGUGUUUCUCUUGCCAUGCCACCCCAAUAUAAUUCCUGAUAUUGACAUUUGUCUUCAUGAUCCUUGGGAACUCAAUGGCAUGGCACUGUCCAGCGGAAAUGUGCACUACUUCUUUAGCAAAGUCAAACAAGAUAGAGUAACCGCAAAUGGGUUUUGGAAAGAAUUAGAUAUAGAUGAGCCUAUAUUCACUAGCUCCGGUAACAAAGUGGGAGUGAAGAAAUACCUUGUUUUCUACAUUAAUGGUGAAUCUGAAACCAAUUGGGUUAUGGAAGAGUUCAAUCUCUGCCACAACUCCUUCACUACUACUACUGCCGCCGCCGCCGCCGCCCCAGCUGCUUACAACAAAAGACAAAGGAAACAAAAACUAAUGGACUGCAUAUGGGUUUUAUGUCGAGUUCAUGAAAGAAAGGAUAUUACUGAUAAUUCUCGACAAACUUUCUGCCAUGACGAUGACGAUGGAACCGAGCUGUCCUGCCUUGAUGAAGUGUUUUUCUCUUUACUAGAUGAUGAUCUUGAGGAAAUUAGUCUGCAACGUUAACUUGAAUAUAUAUAUAUAUAUAUAUAUAUUUAUAUAUUUAUAUAUAUAACAAUGGACGUUAUAUCUCUAUUAUGUAUAUACGUGAUCUUACGUAUCCACAAAUAUUUCCCACUUAUAUACUGUUGUAAAUGCGCUCAAAUAAGAUAUAUAUGUACGCACCUUAUGAGUGUGUGGCCUUGUUAUUGUCGUAUACACCUUCAUGUAUGAGUCUUUUUCUCAUCUUUCGUGUGUAAACUAGCAUAUAUAAAAAUAUGCAGUUACAGAAUAUGUGUAUACAUUAUAUAUAUGUAUAUAUACAUG